AUGGACAAUGGUAGCAUGGAAUCCGAUGUCUUACCAUGUCCACUCUGUGCUUUCUCAGACUCAGAUCCCUAUUUCUUAACUCAACAUGUGGAGCUUUGCCAUCCGGAAAACGAACUUUCUAGUUUAAUUGCGACUGAGGAACCAUCCUCCAUUGUCUCAUCAAAUCUGAACCAUAUCGCGGAGAAACCCGGUGAUUCCCCUAUGCUAGCUACCGGAUCUCUCCCCAUCAAUGAUGAGGAUUAUUUCCUCGAUGGCUACGUUGACUGCCCGCAAGGUUGUGGGGAGAUUAUCUCCGCUGCUGAGCUCUCAAGCCACCUAGACCUCCAUCUUGGGGAGGGCAUGGUGUUUGAGGAAGCCAUUGUUGUUCCCAAAGCCGAGCCUCCCCCGGAAAGGGAUGAAGCGGAGGACAACAGUGUUACUGCAAAUCAUGUAUACGAUGAUAUCGAGAGUUACUUCUCCACAAAACUGCCCAAGGCUCUUCGCAACAGAGAUGACGUUCUCCAGCCGAAGCACUCUCGCAGAGAUUCAAAGGCAGAUUCGGGAUCUUCGCAUAGGAGGAUGCACAAAUCAAGACGAAAACAUCGUCGCAGUAGUGGAAGCUUCCCGCAUCGACUUGUGGGAUUGGAAUUAGGACCGUACGCUCAUGAAAAGCAAAUGCCAUCGUGGCUUCGCAGAAUGCUGGAAGCAGGUGCAAAAGUUACAAUUUCCAAUAGAAUUGAACCAAAUGGCACACUGCGAAAAGUCGAAUCUGUGGCAAACGAGACUUCGUAUCUUAUCCCCGUACUUUCCCAGCUCUGCCAAUUAGAUGAAACCGUUGAACGGGCCUUUCUCUGCAACCCCGCCGUCCGGCAUAUAUUCAAGAUGCCGAAAGAAGGAGGUUUCUGUGGAUAUAGAAAUAUCCAAAUGCUUAUUUCUUAUAUCCAGGAUAGCCGAGCAGAUGGUCACGAACAAUUUCCUGGGAAACUUCCCACGAUACUGCGGCUACAAGAUUUGAUUGAACAGGCCUGGGAUCUAGGAUUUAACAGUUCAGCGAGAAUAGAAACUGGGGGCAUUAAAGGGACGAGAAAAUAUAUUGGCACUUCUGAGGCCCAAGCCCUUUUCCUCAGCUUAGGUAUCGUAUGCACGGCUGGCGCUUUCAGUCCUACCAAAGAUACUUCUGCCCACGAUGCACUGCUUGGUGAUACAAUGGAAUAUUUCCUCCAGGGAACCUCCGGAAGCACCGAAAAGGUAAUUCAGACCGAACUGCCUCCUAUCUAUUUCCAGCACGAAGGUCACUCUCUGACAGUCGUCGGAUUCGAAACCCACAAAAAUGGAAGCACGAACCUCCUAGUCUUUGAUCCGAUGUUCAAAACAUCACCCGCGAUCGAACGAUUAAUUGAUACUCGAGUCAAAUCCCAGGAUCCAGGUCGUCUUUUAAAGGCGUACCGUCGAGGCUUCGGAUACUUGCAGAAGUACAAGGAGUUUGAAAUCCUCAAAUUGUCCCCGCCAACGCGAAGGGAAAAUCGCCCAGUCAGUGUGCUGCUUCAUCCAGAUGUUAGACUGGGCCAUAGAUAUAUGUUCGACACGCUGGCUGCACCUAUAAUAUGA